CUUAUCUGAAAAAUCGCGCGCGGAAUCCAAAAUUUCUUAACCAAAUUUAAUACACAGAAAUAUCCCAUAGAAAAUUCACCAUCGCUAAAAUUUUAUAUCAAUAUUGUAUUAUUUUGCUGCAUCUUCCCGCUUUGGGAAAACCCUAGCUAGAUUUGGAUUCGUCCAGUUAUUUCUCAAAGAUUCCAACUUUCACCGAAUUCUGCAUCACAGAUCCUUUUUCUGGUGGUUUUAGAAUCGAAUAUUCGGCUUUUUUGUUUUGAGUUUGAGCUUCGAUCUGCGAGCUUCGAAGCUAUGGAUAUUCGCAAGAGAGCCAGAGGUGAAUUCGACCCGAAUGCUAAUGGUGGAUCCAAGAGAUCUAAGCCAGAAAUGGACUCCUUAUCAGGUGGUAUAGGAAGCAAAUCGAAGCCUUGCACGAAGUUCUUCAGCAUGGCUGGUUGCCCCUUUGGUGAGAAUUGCCACUUCCUUCACUUUGUCCCUGGUGGCUACAAAGCCGUAGCCCAGAUUAUGAAUCUCGCUCCUGCUCCUGCUCCUGCCUUUAAGACACCAGCAGGGCCGCCGCCAAUCCAGAAUGGUUCAUCUCCAGCCGCUGCUGUAAAGACCAAAUUAUGCAACAAAUUCAACAGUGCAGAAGGUUGCAAGUUCAACGACAAGUGCCACUUUGCUCACGGAGAGAGGGAACUUGGCAGACCGAUUGCACACUCUCAACCUCAAGAGGAUGCUCGUGCAAUGGGAUCCGUUCCUCCCUACUUUGGUGCUCGAGCAGAUCCACCUGUACAAGGACUUGCAGCCGGUUUUGGUGCCUCAGCCACAGCCAAGAUCAGCGUAGAUGCUUCUUUGGCUGGUGCCAUCAUUGGGAAAGGUGGAGUCAAUUCCAAACAGAUCUGCAGACAAACAGGAGCCAAGCUAUCCAUUCGGGACCAUGAAACAGAUCCCGGUCUAAGAAACAUCGAGCUUGAGGGCACAUUCGAGCAAAUAAAGCAAGCAAGCACGAUGGUGAGAGAGCUCAUUGUCAGCAUCGGAGCUGGCAAUGCCCCAGGGAAGACAUUCGGAGGGGGUGGAGGCCCUCCGACCCCAGGAAGCAACUUCAAGACCAAGCUCUGUGAAAAUUUCUCCAAAGGGUCGUGCACAUUUGGAGAUCGAUGCCAUUUUGCCCAUGGCGCAGCUGAGCUACGUAAAACAGGUUUUUGAGUUAUCCAAUUGUCGCUGUUUAGUUUCAUGUUUAAUCUGGUUAUGUUCCAUACAUUUAUAUAGCAAACUUUGUUUGUUAUUAAUUGUAGUUUUGCUUCUUGUGCAUUACCAGUUUUGAUAAUUUAUUUUGGGUUUUGUUU